AUGUAUUUCAAGCAUUUUCUCCCCUCCACCCUCCACCUGGCCUCCCCUUCCCUCGCCGGCGACAUGGCAGCCUCCCGCCUUGCGCCGCCCUCCUUCGCGCCGCCGCACCGCGCAGCCCUUCCUAGAUCGUCAGUGACGUCGGCGACGGCGGUUAAGUCGAGGAGGACUCCGCUCAUGGUGGCAGUUACCACGCCGCAGCCGCCGCACGUUGAGAAGCGCGGGGCAGGGGGGCUGGCGCUGUCGGACGUGUGGAGAGAGAUCCAGGGGGAGAAUGAUUGGGCAGGGAUGGUGGAGCCGUUGAGCCCGCUCCUCCGCGAUGAGAUCGUCCGGUACGGCGAGCUGGUGGCGGCGUGCUACAGAGGCUUCGACCUCGACCCGGCCUCCGGCCGCUACCUCAACUGCAAGUACGGAAAGCGGAGCCUGCUCCGCGAGGUGGGCCUGCCCGACUCCGGAUAUGUCGUCACCCGCUACGUGUACGCCACCCCGAACGCAACGGGCUGUAGCAGGUGGAUUGGGUACGUGGCGGUCGCUUCGGACGAAACCGUCCGCAGGCUCGGCCGCCGCGACGUUCUCGUGUCCUUCCGUGGGACGGUUACUCAGGCGGAGUGGCUCGCCAACUUCAUGAGCGCGCUGGAGCCGGCGCGGCUCGACCCGAGCGAACCCCGGGCGGAGGUGCGGGUCGAGUCGGGGUUCCUAAGCCUGUACACGUCGGAUAUGUCCUGCUGCCGGUUCAGCGAAGGGAGCUGCCGGGAGCAGUUGCUGGCCGAGGUGGCGCGGCUUCUGGGGGAGUACAAGGAGGAGGAGGAGGUGAGCGUGACGGUGGCGGGGCACAGCAUGGGGAGCGCCUUGGCGAUGCUUCUAGGCUAUGACCUGGUGGAGCUGGGGCUGAACCGCGGCGGAGAGGUUCCGGUGACGGUCUAUUCCUACGGCGGGCCGCGGGUAGGCAACGCCGGGUUCAGGCGGCGAUGCGAGAAGCUGGGGCUGAAGGUGCUCCGGGUGGUCAACGUGAACGACCCGGUGACGAAGCUGCCGGGGAUGUUCCUCAACGAGGCCUCUGCGCGUAGGCUGCCAUGGGGCGCCGGCGCCGGAGCUUACUACACCCAUUUCGGCGUGGAGGUAGCACUGGAUUUCUUCGACGUGAGAAAUUACCCGAUGUGCGUGCAUGACAUAGAAGCCUACUUGUCGCUGCUCAAGUGCCCUCGAGUGAAGAAGAAGAAUAAGCAGGUCGUAAGUAGUAAUAACGAUGCUGACGAUGGAGUUGUGGAGGUGUGGAUGAAAAUGGCGAGGAGGUUUUUGGAAGAAGGAAGGAGAGCACUGUUCACUUUGAAAGGGGGGUCGGGUUCGUGUUUGUCUCCGCCGCAACCCAGUACAGAGAGGGAGUUGGGGUUUCGCCACCGCCGUAGAGAGGAAGGAGGUGGAGCGUUCCUCUCUCGCCGCCACCUUCGCGAGGCCGCCGGCCAAGCAUCUUGCCUAUUCCUUCUCCUCUUCUUGAGGCCCUGUCUAUCGUCGGUCCUUCUUCGCGUCGACGAUGCUGACGCCCUCCCUCUCUUCCCGUGGACAGCACUGCCUCCGGCCCUCUCGACGGCCGCCGCCGCCAAAGGACCGGACCACCGCCCCUACUUCUCCUCCUCUCGCCGCAGCCACCACGAGCAGAGAGGAGGAAGCUCUCCUUCUCCUCACGCGGCCACAGGGGUCGACUUGCUGCUCACAGGGUCCAACAGUUGUCGCCGCUGCCUACAGGAGUUGUCGCCGCCCCUCCCAACGACUGUCAUCGCCAUCUACAACGACCACUGCCGCCACCGCCAUUACAGCCACCUCCAGCGGCUGUCAUCGCCGCCUCCAGCGACUGUCAUCACCACCUACAGCGGCUGUUGCCGCCUCCACCGACUCCAGCAUCCGAUGCCACCUCCAGCCGCUGACGACACCUUCAGCGACUACUACAGUCGUACCGAGCGGGCGCCGUCGUCGCUCGCUGAGCCGUCGCUGUCCGAGGGUUCAGUGUUCGAGUACUUAUACAUUUGUGGGACCCGCCUCGAGCAUCUGGUCGCCAGGGACCGGGGCAACCCGGUCAUUGGAUACAGGAAAUAA